UUGGGAUCGGGAUAUCAGUUGUACUUGCGUUUUGCUUUUUGUUUCUGCUCUUAUUGUUUUCUGCUUUUCACUGACAUUUUCCUCUUGAUAAUCAUAUUGUCUUGUUCUAUGGUGUUACUGGUGGAGAUAUCUCGGUUUGGUCAGGGUGUUUAGUUGACUUGAUGUCUACUAUUUGGGCGCUGUUUUUUUUCUUUCCGUUCUUCAUUGUUUUUUUUUCCCCUCCUCAUUUUUUUUCUCCCCAUUUGUUUUCUCACCAUUACUAUUCUCCGAGUGUUUUUUUUUCUUCCACUUUUACUUUUACUUGUGUGUUUGGCAAACGUAGGGACUGUUUUCUGUGUGUGGAAUGGAAUGGACUGGACUGGACUGGACCUAGGGGCGGACGGGGAAUGGGGGAAAUGGCGAAUAUUAAGGGUUUUUUUUCUUUUCUUUCUUCUCACUGUUUACCGCAAUGCUGGAUGGGAUGUCGGGAUGUUGGGGGGACGAGGGGGACGGGGACGGCGAGGGGGAUGAUGGCGGGUGGACGUUGGACGAGGACAGUGGCGGGUGGAUGUGUGGGUGGUCUGUAGUUCACUUUACCUUUACCUUUGAUUUUUGACCUUUGACUC